CUCGUCACUUGAAACCAGAAGCUCAGGCUAAAUUCCUAGAGUCGAACGUCGUUCAUUUUGCGAUCGGAACACCUGCUCGCGUGGCAAGCCUACUCACCCAAGCACAAUAAUAGACCGACGGUGUUUGAAUUUCGAUCCGGAACACGACUGAAUCAUUAGGACUUUGUAGUGAACUUUCGGUGACUACCGAUAGCCGUUUGAUCUCCUUCCAAUUUAUUUUAAGCGAAGAAUCUUGAAUUUCAUGCAGCGGAGUACAAAACUUCGACAGAUGCCGGAAAACUAAGACACUAUUCUAAGUUGCUGCCAACUUUCAGACAAAUUCUUCCGAGGAAAGUGCGGGAUUUUCUACACGGAUUUAUUCAGUGUUCCGAAUUCUUUUGACCCAAAAUGUUUUCUCUGACGAAAUUUUACGUUCUUGCUAUUGUUAUGACUUAUUUACAAUGCGAUUUUUCGGCGGCCGAAGUAAGAUGGUGCAUAAACGGUACCUAUUCAGACGUAAAUGAUUAUAAUACGUACGAAAAUGCAACGCAAUAUAAUGACGAACUUAACGUUUGUAUGGAAUGCUCAAAUGAAGCUAAAGUACUUUUGAUUGACGAACGAUGGAGCCAUGAAUGCUGUAACGGAAAAGUAAAACCUGUUGGUCACUGCAAACCGGCCGAUUUGAAGCAUUUAUGCAACAACAUAACAAGAUGUGAUGGCAUCAAACAAUGUUAUGAUAGUUGGGAUGAGAAAGGAUGUUACGGAUGUAAAGAUGAUACUUUUUCAUGUAACGAUCAAACUGAUGGAAAGCAAUGUUUACCAAUGUCUAAGGUUUGUGAUGGCGUUAAAAACUGUCGAGGUGGAAAAGACGAAACUUUAUGUCCGUAUUAUGGUGGAUGGUGUGAUGGAUUUUUAUGCGGAGGAAAACAUCCUAAAUGUUUGAAUUAUACUCAGAUUUGCGAUGGUACCAAAGACUGCGUCGACGGUUCUGAUGAAAACAAUUGUCAAUAUUGUCUCAAUCAAUUCCGAUGUCGUGUUUAUGUUAAAGAAGACAUCGUUGCCACAUCUGCUGAAUGUAUCGGAAAAUUUCGAGUCUGUGAUGGAAUUACGGAUUGUCAGAAUGGACUUGACGAAUCGUAUUGUAAUAGAUGGCAAGAAUGGUCUACAUGGAGUGAAUGUGGAACGAUAACUGAAUCGUGUACUAGAAUCAGGCGUCGAUCGUGUGUUAAUAAGGACAAAGUAGUCGUUUCAUCAUCUUUAUGUUAUGAUGGUGAUGACAUCAUAGAUACAGAAAAUCAUAUCGAUAUUUGUCCAGAGUGUCUCGAUGACGUCACAACACCAUUUAUGACAGGAACACGAAAGCCAACUACAACCCCCACUAUUUCAAAUAACACAACAACCAUAUCUCUGAAGCAAGGUUCUGGUUGGGGUUUACCUUUCGGAUUGGGAGCACAAAUUGGAAUAGCAGUCGCUGGUUGUUUGUUGUUGGUUGCGCUCAUCAUCGCUCUCAUCUUCUGUAUAUUUAAAUUGAAAUGGCACAGGGGAUUUUGGCGACCCCCGUCUAAAUUACCUCGACCCUCGCGCUCCAACUUACCUGGGCCCGGUACGACGAUACCAAGAGUGAGGAAGGUGAAAAUAAAACCUGGAAAAAUUCCUCAUCCGUAUCCAAUAAAAGACCCAAAGGUCAUUACCCCGCCUAUUAUCCCACCGCCUUUGCCAAAAACCAAAGCGUUGUCAAUCCGAUCAAUCAGUGGAAACGGACUGGACAGUGGAAUAGAGGACAGUGUGGAUAGCAUGCAUAUAACACGACGCAUGGCGGUUUAAUUUUCUGUAGAUUUCAAUGAGAUUCAUGGAGAUAUUCUUGAAUGAUUCUCCUGCUGGUUUGCAUUACCUAACAUGGAGAUGAUGAACGAAUACGCCUGAUCUUCGUGUAAAAAAGUUGACGAAAUAAAAAUUUGGAUUUGAAUUUUCGUUAAACUACACUUAUUACCGCCUUUAUUGAUAUUGUUGUCUCUUAUUCUUUUUAUGCACUGUUUUAAACCUACACAGAUAACUGGAAUAUUGAAGUAAAUUUACUAUCAAAAUGUCUAGCGCACAAUAUGCAGAUAUAAUGCAUUUUUGUGGGGACGUUCACUCCAAACAAGGCGUUGGACAAGAAACCACUGAUACUUGUAUAACUACUCUGCUUUUCUAGAAAUGAGCGUGAUCUAUUCCGUUUGGCAUGGUUUAUCUGUUUUUCGGUUCGGUUCGAUCAAACAUGGUGGCCAUGGGGUCAUCGCGCUCUAAUUUCCAUUUUAUCACUCAGUACUAUCUUGGUUUGCUUUUAUUGUAUCAUAAAUUUGGUCGAAUUAAUUUUACGUUACGCUUACAUGAGUUAUUUUUGAAAUUUCUUAGUGGAAUAAGAGUGGCGUUGUCGCUUCAAUAUUCUACCUAAUAUUUUCCUAUUGUUCCCUUUUUAUUUGCACCUCUUUCUUUUAAUAUGUUUUAUCACUUUUAACCAGUAUUUAUCAUAUAAAAAAAGUUUCAAAACCAAUUGUUGCGAGUAUUUUUGUCAACAAAUUUGUUUUAAAAAUACCGUGUUCCACACUUGUGCCACUUGUACCGCAUUUUUCUUGCUGCACCGUUGUUCCGAGUUGAAGUCGACAUAGAACUUGGAACAGACGAAUGCAGAAUGCAUAUGAAGUGGUAUUCAUGUUCUAGGUAGGAUAGACAGGCAAAUGGUUGGAAGUAAAUAUAUGAUGUGAUAUUCGUACGAGUCGAAGCGUGGCGCUGAGACGCCUCUAAUUUAUGUUGCAUGUGGAUCGCGAAACACGAAGCUUAGUUUGACUCCUUCUUGCAUAUCAGAAGCACAAUCAUUGCUUCCGAUUGGCUU